GUGUUCAAGGCUAAACUCUAACGAUUAACGUCCACCCAUGUUGGCGCCCCCUAGAGAGUUCCCACGCGGACUCUUUUUCGUUUAUUAUUUUCUCAUUUGAACAUUCCAUUUUUCCUAUCGGUGUAGCAUUGACAAUUUUAUAGCAAGCUUGCUUGCGUGCUUAAGUAGGAAAAUUGUCUGAGAAAAAACUGUAAUUAUUUGUCGUGACGAAAAUUGAGUGAGAUCGUCGGGGUCUGUAUCAUGUGUGCGCGUUUAACGCAAGUACAAAGCAAGUAUUACACAGUAAAAGUUCGCCUUCUUAGGAAAUCUGAAUUUGAUUAACAGUCACAAAGAGUAGCAGUAAUGAGUGAAGUGUGGAAUCGAAUGAAAUUCAGCUUGAGAUGAGUUCUUCAACUGCCCAAGAGUACCCUCAGGAAGUCCAUCCGAAUCUAUUAGCAUCGUCCCCCAAUUGCUCUAACUACGAAGACAUGUCUAGCCAUCUAAAGGUAGGUGGAACGUCGGCCACAAAAUCGGGGCCCACCAAAGAGAAAGACACCUUAGCACUGCAUUUCGUGGCUGGUUCCAUAUCGGGAUUUCUUACUCGAUGUGUUUGUCAACCGUUCGACGUUCUCAAAAUUCGCUUUCAGCUACAACUAGAUCCCAUUACGAAGAACUGCGACUCGGCAAAGUACUCAGGGAUAAAGCAGGCUUGUCGCCUUAUCCUGAAAGAAGAAGGUAUCACAGCCUUCUGGAAGGGUAACAUACCAGCGCAGACGUUAAGUAUCGUCUAUGGAGGCAUCCAGUUUUACGGGUUCGAGUACACGAAGAACACACUUUACCCCAACAGAAACGAUCUCAUGUCUAAUUUUAUUUGCGGGGCUGUUGGCGGAGGUAUGGCCAUGACUAUAGCUCACCCGUUGGAUGUUUUACGCACUAGAUUGGUGGCUCAGGGUGAACCAAAGACGUACUCAGGCAUGUUCAAUGCCAUCGUAACGAUGCGACGUCGGGAGGGUCCUCUGGCCUUCUACAAGGGGUUUUUCUCCAAUAUUCUUCAGGUUACACCGUACAAUGGGGCGUGUUUCAGUUUUUACUAUCUUUUCCGUGCGAUUUUUGACGAUAUACCAUAUGUACCCUCAAAUAUUGCCUCAGGUGCAUUGGCUGGUUUUGCAGGGAAGACACUUGUUUAUCCUUUUGAUCUUAUCAAAAAGCGCUUACAGGUGCAAGGAUUUCAAGACCACACGCACAAAUUUGGGAAUUACGAAGGGCUAGUAAGCUGCGCACGUUCUGUCUUUGAAACGGAAGGUCCGUUAGGCUUCUUUAAGGGCUAUGUACCAUCCUGUAUGAAGGCAAUGGCCAUGUCCGCAUGUCAGUUCACGUUUUAUGAAACAGCAAUGUUCGUGCUAGUUUUAGCCCGUCAGAAAAGGGAAAGCUCGAAACAAAAAGAGCUCACCACGAAACUGAACCUAGCAGGACCUACGGCUAGUUCGACGACCCCAAUCACUAGUGAUAGGUCCACCGCUGAAAAACUAGACGAAAAACAGAAAUGAUUCACCAAGUUCAAGCAUAACUUCUAUGAGCUUAUCUUGGUUCAAGGGAUAGAAGAUACACGUGUUGUAUAAAAUAUAUGAUUGACGACAAUGUUAACAAUGAAUUUCAUAAUCAUGGCGGACGGAAAGGUUGUUAUUAGAUCGUUGUAUUUUAUAUAUAGAAAAGUUAGCAACAGAGUUACUACAAAGAAUAGACGAGCACUGCUACUGAUUAGCUAUUCAUAGUCUGAUUGUUGUUAAAGCCGUUUGUAGAUUGUAAGAGCUCGUUACAGCCAUUGCCUGCGAAUGUAUAGUGAUAGGUGUGAUACUUCAUAGGAAAAGUGGCGGUAGACGUUCGAUCUUAGCCUUCACUGUUUAUGCUGAAUGCUGACUAAAUGUAUUGGUAAUUUCAACAUACGUGGCGCAAUGAAAUAAUGAGUAUAUUCUCAUCUCGUCUGAUAUUAGUUUAAUGUCACGAUUUAAACAGGCUAACAAUAAAUGCCGAAGCGAGCUUUGCCUUUUUAUGACGAUAAGAGGUGCCACAUAAGCCAACCACAUAAUUAGAUAAGUGAGAUAUUGAAAUCGUUGACAUUAUUAUGAAUUGUCUAUAGAUGUAACGAGUAGAGCACUGCAAAGUAUACGUUAAUCUCGCGAUACGUGUGCGGUGGGCAUAAGUUUGAUAGUGAUACCCUAAGUUGUCAAAGUCAUAUAAAAACGAAUUUCGUAUUAUCGUUGUUUUGUUGGUAAUUGUUUUGUUAUAUGUCCAUAAACUGUCAUUAUGGUUAUUAGCUUUAAGCGCGCAGCCAGCCAAUAGCUGUAUGAAAAAAUGAAAAUAGAAAAUGGAUUGAGGUGGAAAAAAAAACGAAAAAGCAGCGUUGGUGCUUAUUAUUGCAUUGAUUGCUAAAACGAGCAGUAACAAGCACGACUACUGAAUUUGCUACAGGAAAGAAUCGCUUUAUACUUCCUAAUAAGAGGCGUACCUGGAUAUACGUGGAGAUAAUUUUAUGUUCGUGAACGUGCCUGUGACCCUUAUACGUCAGUAUUAGCCACAAUAUGAGAAAUAGAAAAGCUAUUAAUAUGACCGGUCUACAAGACACUGCUUAUGAUGAAAUAUACAUGUCCUUUUGAAGUCAGCCUGCAGGAAACGUAAAUUUAUGCUGUAUUAAGGACUUCCUUAAUACCCUUGCGUCGGUGAAAUCAUAUUUCCAGAGCUAAUAGUUGCUCAUCGUCUAGAUUGAAUCGCGAGACAGCAGGGCAAAAUUUCGGCAAUACGUUUUUAAAGAGAUAAUACGUUUAGACGUAUGUGUGUGUACAGAUAUGUGUGUGUGUAGCUAUAGGGUAAUGUUUUGCGCAGUAAAUAAACAACAACUUUGAUUAAAAGAAACAAAAGAACAAAAAGGAUUAUAUUUGAAUGUGACACGGAAAGGUCUACAUAAAGAAUGAAAGCCACGACUUGGCGGUGCAUGGAAAGCACGACGAGAAAAGCAAUAUUUUCACAAACAGAUGACUGAAUUAUACUCGUUUAGAUGAUACACUUAUUUAAUUAUUGUGUUUAUUUUACAAAGUAAAUUAUAUUUAGUGAGACAAAAGAAAACAGGGGAAUAUAUAUACAUAUAUAUACUGUUAAUAUUAUAACAUGAAUGAAAACAGUACAUGUGUUGAUAUUGAAAUGAUUUGUUUUUGUUUAUAACAGGUGCAUUAAUUUGUGAAUGAAAAUAAACUAUUUUUCAUAUAUUACUAUUACGAAUGUUCGUUUCUG